UGCCGCCAACAUUAUUCCCCAGCUCUCUGUGCCCGACAUGGAGGCGCUUUCUCGCUGCUGCAAAGCGACACACGCCUUGGUUAACGACCCCAUUGUAUGGCAGGGAAUGUACCACAAUGUUUUUGGCUGGAAGCCGUCGCCACUUAGCUUCACCUCGAGCAAAUGGCCCGAGCUCUUUAAGCGUCGUGCCCGUUCCAAGCUCUACGCCUGGGGAAAGCCCGAUUCGGGGCGAUUAGGUACGGCCACCAGAAAUAUCCCCCCAGAAUACGCCAGACGUGCGGGAUUUACCACAGCUGUCGUGAGACCAUUCCCCAUCAACGCUUUUUCACACGUGGUGCUCGCUGACGUCACGGCUGGAGGCUUCUCUUUUCAGAUCUUGACCAGCAAUGGAGAGAUCUACUCCACCGGGAGCAGCUGGAAUGGGGGGCAAGUGGGACCGGGACCGGAUAGCUACGACUUUCAGACCCGCCCAGGUGUCAGUUUGCCGAUCAGAGGUGGUGCUACGAGAAAUAAUGCUGGGGGGAAUGCCACCAGGGUGGCACCGGAAGAUUCCACGGACGCUAACCCAGAUGCUUUGACAUUUGGGCCGUUAUUCCCCGGGAAUCCCUUUCCUAUGGGCAGGGUUGGUGGUGUAAUCCACGCUAAUCAUGGACACCCCGUCCCUACCCCCAUCGAUGCUCCCACCGAUGUUUCAGCGGAUGCCCCAACGUCCACUAGCCCAGAUGCUUUGACAUUUGGGCCGUUAUUCCCCGGGACUCCCUUUCCUAUGGGCAGAGUUGGCGGUGUAAUCCACGCCAACCACGGACACCCCGUCCCUACCCCCACUGAUGCCCCCACUGAUGUUUCAGUGGAUGCCCCAACAUCCACUAGCCUUGGUGGCUUGACGUUGGGGCCGUUGUUCCCCGGGACCCCCUUUCCUAUGGGCAGAAUUGGUGGUGUAAUCCGUGACUUUCUCGGACCACCGCAGCCUUCCACCGCCGCACCUUCUUCUCGGGUCACUGGUCUUCCAGCCACCGCUACUUCACCUAUUGUUACCGCUACGCCUAUCAGCGAUGUUCCAAUGCCACAGCCAGGAGGUAGACCGGAGCCACCAACAACUACCCAGGCCCCUCCCUCCGUGCCUAAGGUGGAAACCCAGGAAGGUGUGGUAUCACUUAUGAAAACACCAGUACCGGUGGAGUUUAUCGCGUUGUCAUCUGGACGCUGCCACUUUAUUGCCCUUGAUUCCAAAGGCAGCAUCUGGUCCUGGGACCACCCCGCGCAGAGGAUGGGAAUUAGACUUCACUUCGACCAACUCUCUAGUGGAAAUGCAAUUCUCAAAAUCGCUGCGGGGUGGAACAUUUCCACGGCGUACGUGCUCAAUGUUGGGAUUAUCGUCUGGCACAAGCGCGAUGCCGUACCAAAACUGGAUAAAGCCUAUCCCGUGGAACACACUGCUAGAGCCCACUAUAAAGUGAUCCGUGGGACUGGUGCGGUCCGCGGUGACGCUCGCGUGGUGGACUUUGUGGCCUGCGACGGCUUUGUGGUAUUUAUCACCGGGAAGGGCGAGUUGUAUCGGGUGGAUGUGGGAAACCCCGAGCUGGUUGAGCGCAUCAGACCGGUGUUGUUGUCCGAGUUUAUGGCUAGACUAGAGGAGGGCUCGCGGUUUGUGCGGUUGAGCGGCUCGUUCCGUAACUUUGCCGCCAUUUCGAGCGACGACCAGGUGCUCAUUGGGAAUAGGGAGACGACCGAACCGCAGAUUAUCCCAGAGUUGCAGAAACGUAACUUCAUUUCGAUUGCGGUUGGUGAUUAUCACUACUUGGGCCUUUUGAAGAACGGGACGUUGCUCAGCUGGGGUAGAGAGUCGAACUCGUGUGGGUGUCUCGGGUUGGGCGUGCCGGAGGAGGUGUUCCGCAACGGGGGCUCGCUCCAUGAGAGCAGUGUUACUGUUCACAAACCGUUAGAGGUGGAUUUGGGCGGGAAGAAAGCCGUAGCCAUUGCCGCAGGAGGCUGGCAGAGCUGUGCCAUUGUUGCUGAUGUAUAAAUAGGCUGAGAGAUGGAAAAUUGGGCUCG